AUGCCGUCCAGGUGCCGCGUGCUCUCGCUGGCCAACCUGUUUGACAGAGUCAUCCAACACUCGGCCAGGAUGCACGGCAUCUCCAAUGACCUUCACUCUGAGUUUGAGCAGUACUUCGUGCCCAGUCGGAAUCACGUUGGAAGGAUCAGUCGCAACUGUCACACCUCCAACCUCCUCACCCCCAACGGCAAGGAGAACGCUCAGAAAAUAGCGCGCGAGGAGCUAACCGAGGUGAUCCUGAAGCUCCUCAUGGCGUGGAGAGACCCCCUGUGGCACUUCCACCAGAUCACAGCCCACCAGCAUGACCUGGCCAACUUCAGCUCGGACAAGGCCCUCGAGAUGAGCGACAUGGUGCAUGAGCUACGCAAAGGUGUGGAAAAAGUGGCCGAAAAGAUGCAGACACUGGGGAUGAUCAGCAACUCCGUCGGCACCCUGGCGGAUUUCCUGCCCUCGGAAAGCGGCGGGUGGCGCCUGAUGAAAGACCACGAGCUCCUCUACUGCUUUCGCCGCGACUCGGACAAGAUCAAGAACUACCUGAAGAUCCUCAAGUGUCGCAUCGUCCCCGAGCACGGCUGCUGAAGGGAAGAAUAGAGGAAGGAUCACACAUCUGGGAUGAGUUCAAAUCGAGAGGUUGAAGUUCCAAACAGAUGAAACGUUUUAGUAUGGGGUGCGUAGGAAGCAAUAGUGAAAUCCAAAAGACUUUUGACAACCUUUCUUCGUAUAAGCGCAGACAAUGAUUGUUGUUUGAAUAUUAUGAAAUGUAUUCGUUUCAAUGCGUAGCGUUUACUUACAAUGCAACAUAAAAUGUUGAAUCAAACC